AGGAAGAGGGGUGGAGGAGAGGAGGAGUAACAUAACGACUCACAGCAGCUUUCUUCUUCUUUCAUAUAAAGAUCCUGCUGCUGCUGCAGCAGAGCGGGCUGCGUGUGUGUGUGUGAGACUCGUCUUCCUCCAUCUGAUGCAGCUGUAACCAUUGCAGCCGCUGCCGCCCGGGAUACCAGGGGCACACGUGUACCUCUGCCACGCAGUCUGUGUGCCCACAUCACCCAGCUCCAGCCACCACUCAUCACCAGGAGGCCAUGGACGAGGACCGUGCUGGAGAACAAAUGAGACCUCUGCUCACCACGGGUCACGAUGAAGAAGCAUUGGUUGAUCUAGGGAAGACCAGCUCUACUGUCAACACAAACUAUGAGAAGGAAGAACUGGAAAGUCACAGAGCCGUUUAUAUUGGUGUACACGUACCACUUGGCAGACAGAGCCGCAAACGCCACAGACAUAGAGGCCACAGACAUCACAGGAGAAGAAGAGAAAAAGAAAAUGAUGAUAAAGAUGAUGGACGGGAAUCUCCGAACUAUGAUACCCCAUCUCAGCGUGUGCAGUUUAUUCUGGGUACUGAGGAUGAUGAUGAAGAACACAUCCCCCAUGAUCUCUUCACAGAAAUGGACGAGCUUUGCUUUCGAGACGGGACAGAAUGCGAGUGGAAGGAGACAGCAAGGUGGCUUAAAUUUGAAGAGGACGUUGAAGAUGGGGGAGAUAGGUGGAGCAAGCCUUAUGUGGCUACCCUCUCGCUACAUAGCCUCUUUGAACUGAGGAGCUGCAUACUUAAUGGCACAGUAAUGUUGGACAUGAGAGCCAGCACCAUAGAAGAAAUUUCAGAUAUGGUGUUGGACAACAUGACUGCAUCAGGCCAGCUGGAUGAUUCGAUGAGGGAAAUAGUCAGAGAAGCUCUAUUAAAAAGGCAUCACCACCAGAAUGAGAAGAAGCUAAGUAACCGUAUCCCACUAGUGCGGUCCUUCGCUGACAUAGGCAAGAAACAUUCUGAUCCUCACUUGCUUGAACGAAACGGGGAAGGCCUUUCUGCCUCCCGUAACUCAUUGCGAGCUGAAUCUCGCCUCUCCCUUCUCCUCAAUUACCUUCUUCCUCCCUCGAGAGUUGGAACCCCAGCUGGCUCCAGGCGUACAACCCCUGUACCAUCCCCCCAAAACACGCCACCCACCAGCCCUAAACUCAGUUGGCUGCAGUCUUCAAGUUCUCAGCAGAGUGAGCAGUGGGUGCCAGAGACACAGUCAUUUACUGGCGAUGUUAUCCCCACUGUAAUAAUUCAUCCACCAGAGGAAGAUGCUGACAUUGAGGAAAUCAUGGACUUAAGGAAGGAAGACCAUGGUGGGCUGCUAUCUUCUCCGCAGUCAACACCAGCGAACCUGGAUAUUAACAGGUUGGCAGACCUGAAACGGAACGGAACUGGGGGCAGCCAGGAAAACAGCACAGUUGACUUUAGCAAGGUUGAUAUGAACUUCAUGAAGAAAAUCCCCCCUGGCUCUGAAGCGUCAAAUGUUUUAGUGGGAGAAGUUGAGUUUCUGGAUCGGCCCAUUAUUGCCUUUGUGAGAUUGAGUCCAGCAGUUCUUAUUACUGGACUUACAGAAGUACCAAUCCCAACAAGGUUUCUAUUUGUAUUAUUGGGUCCAACUGGAAAGGCAGCACAGUACCAUGAAAUUGGAAGAUCAAUAGCUACACUAAUGACUGAUGAAAUAUUCCAUGACGUUGCCUACAAGGCAAAAGACCGAAAUGAUCUUCUUGCAGGAAUAGAUGAAUUUUUAGACCAAGUGACGGUCCUUCCUCCUGGAGAGUGGGAUCCAACCAUCCGUAUUGAGCCACCAAAAAGUGUUCCUUCCCAGGAGAAGCGCAAGAUCCCAACUAUCCCGAAUGGAUCCACACCAACAGGUGAGACGUUAAAGGAGGAGCAACACCAUACUGGUCCAGAGCUUCAGAGAACUGGAAGGCCUUUUGGUGGUUUGAUGCAUGACAUCAAAAGAAAAGCACCUUUUUUCUUGAGUGACUUCAAGGAUGCAUUAAGCCUGCAGUGCCUGGCCUCCGUUCUUUUCCUAUACUGUGCCUGUAUGUCUCCUGUAAUCACUUUUGGAGGUCUCCUGGGAGAAGCCACACAAAACAGAAUAAGUGCAAUAGAGUCUCUUUUUGGAGCAUCGUUAACUGGCAUUGCCUAUUCUCUCUUUGCUGGACAACCCCUUACCAUAUUGGGAAGCACGGGACCAGUCUUAGUUUUUGAGAAGAUACUCUUUAAAUUCUGCAAAGAUUAUAAGCUGUCUUAUCUCUCUCUGCGUACCAGUAUUGGUCUAUGGACAGCUUUCUUUUGUUUACUACUGGUGGCUACAGACGCAAGCAGCUUGGUCUGUUACAUCACGCGUUUUACAGAAGAAGCAUUUGCUGCCCUCAUUUGUAUUAUCUUUAUCUAUGAAUCGCUGGAGAAACUAUACCAUCUGGGAGAUAAAUAUGCCUUCAAUAUGCACAAUGAUGUUGACUUGUUGACAAAAUACACGUGUGUUUGUGUAGAGCCUAUCAUCCCCAGUAAUGAUACUCUCUCCAUGUGGAAGGAAACUAAUAUUACUGCCAGUGAAGUACCAUGGAGCAAUCUCACAGUCUCUGAGUGUAUUGCGCAUCAUGGUUCAUUUGAGGGUCAAGCAUGUGGUUAUCAUGGUCCUUACAUACCCGACGUUUUCUUCUGGUCAGUCAUCUUAUUCUUCACAACGUUCUUCCUCUCCGCCUUCCUCAAACAGUUCAAAACAAAGAAUUAUUUUCCAACCAAGGUGCGUUCUACAAUCAGCGAUUUUGCAAUCUUCCUGACAAUAGUCACUAUGGUAGUCAUUGACUAUCUUGUGGGUGUUCCUUCACCAAAGCUCCAUGUUCCAGAGAAGUUUGAGCCCACUCUGAAAGACAGAGGAUGGCUCAUGGAUCCUCUGGGGCCCAAUCCUUGGUGGACAUUACUAGCUGCGGCCAUGCCAGCCCUGCUUUGCACCAUUCUUAUCUUCAUGGAUCAGCAAAUCACUGCUGUGAUCAUUAACCGGAAAGAACACAAGCUGAAGAAAGGGUGCGGCUACCAUCUGGACUUGUUCAUGGUCGCCAUCAUGCUGGGGAUAUGUUCCAUCAUGGGAUUGCCAUGGUUUGUAGCUGCUACUGUUCUGUCCAUCAGCCAUGUGAACAGCUUAAAACUGGAAUCUGAAUGUUCUGCUCCAGGAGAGCAGCCAAAAUUCCUGGGCAUCCGAGAGCAGCGAGUGACCGGUCUUCUGAUCUUUGUGUUGAUGGGACUCUCUGUAUUUAUGACCUCAGUACUGAAGUUUAUUCCAAUGCCAGUUCUGUAUGGUGUAUUUUUGUACAUGGGAGCAUCUUCUUUGAAGGGUAUUCAGUUUUUUGACCGUAUCAAGUUGUUUGGAAUGCCAGCCAAGCAUCAGCCAGACCUGAUCUACCUACGUUAUGUCCCACUGUGGAAGGUCCACGUAUUUACUGUCAUACAGCUCACCUGUCUUGUCCUUUUAUGGGUAAUCAAAGCCUCAUCAGCUGCCGUUGUGUUCCCUAUGAUGGUCCUCGCUCUGGUUUUUAUCCGCAAACUUUUAGACUUCUGUUUUACCAAACGUGAGCUAAGCUGGUUGGAUGAUCUUAUGCCUGAAAGUAAGAAAAAGAAAGAAGAUGACAAGAAGAAAAAAGAGAAGGAGAUUGAAGAUGACUCGCCAGAGGAAGCUGAACGAAUGCUCCAGGCAGAGGACAGUGAUCACGUAGAUCUUGCUUAUGAAGGCAGGAAUCUCCUCCAGAUUCCAGUAAAGAGCUUGAAAUACAGCGUUGAUCCAUCAGUUGUAAACAUAUCAGAUGAGAUGGCAAAAACAGCACAGUGGAAGGCUCUGUCAAUGUACCCUGAAAAUGCCAAAGUAACCAGGGCUAACCUGAGCCCCAACAAGCCAGCCAGUGUGAAGAUCACUCUUGAAGAUGAAACUGUCCGAAAAUACAUGGAUACUGAAACCUCCCUAUAGGACUGUCUGUGUUUGUGUGUAUGUACUUGGACUUCUGUAUGUAACGGAGUGAAUAACAGACCAUCAAAGUGUACAAAUAAUUCCAAAAUACUGUAUGUGCACCUCAUAAGUUAUUAGCACUGUAAAUACUGUAUAUGAUUUAAAACGGGCUGACUCGAACUGUAAUAUGGCACAAAAUGAUCACUCGACAAUUAUUUAUUCAAUAGGAAUUUUUAUAGACCUCUUUAUAAUUGAUUUUUAUUGUAUAUUUAAAAGCCUGUCACCAAGCAAUAGUAUUUAAAUUUUUCUUUAUUCAGAAUGAAAACAUCAGACAUCUCUCCAUUUGUCAUUCCCAUACUUUUUCAUAAGAAAACAUGUUUUACGACGUUGAGAUAUAUAUAUAUUUUAAUCCUUGGCUUGUUGUAGUUUUUUUAUUUUUAUGUUUUGUAUUAUGUCACUUUUGUUACAACACAGUAAGGUUACCGGAGUUGAGAUCUUGUUUUUGUCCCCUUUUAGUCUCAUUUUACAGCAGUAACCUACAGAACAUUGGAAGUUUCUAAAUUAUCGCCUUAACAAAAUGGGAUAGUUAUUACAAUUAAAUGAAAUAUAAAAAUAAUAUGCAGCCUAAAUCAUCCAACAUUGUUACAUGACCUUUGCUUAAAACAAAAAUGAAUGACAACUGUGUUUGUCACUGUCAUGAGAUAAUUGGAGGAUUUAGUGGAAAUGCUUUUCUUGUCUUUGUGUAAUUGCUUUAAUAGUCACACUUACUGUUGGGCUCGUUCACACGCGCUGGAAAAGUUGGAUAAAAAGCAUGAAAACUGCUGCAUGCAUUUUAGUGCUGCGCUACUUUCCAUGUGCUGUACAGCAGAGCUAUCUGAGCGAGUCCAGUGCUUUGAUUUUCUUAUAUCGGCCUAUAUUGUUACUAUAUGGCUGACAUAAGCAAAGGAAAAAGGGCAAUGAUCUCUCAUAUUGAUAUUUCCUAAAUUUUGAUUUGAGUCCUGGACUCAUAUCAGUGAUUUAACUCAGGACUUUUGUGCAAUAAGCCACAUCAAUGCUUAAUAGGUCCUAUUUUAUGACCAUUGUUUGCCAAAUUUGCUACAAAGAAGUGAUGUGGCAGUCUAAUUUUAGCUGUUUAUGUGAAUUGCUUUUACAGAUUGCACAAGUGAUGUCAUAGAAAUAGUGCCCUGGCGCUUAGCAGUGACUGUUUGAUGUGUUUUUGGGAGGCGGUCAAGAUCCCGCCGGACGGAAUCCCAGAGGUCGAAAUACCGACGCCGGAAUCCCAACCGGCACAAUCCCGACAUAUUCUCCCUUUGUGGGUGCCCACGACACCCAUAGAGGGAGAAUAUAAUAGUGUGCCGAGCGUGGAGCGAGCCCGCGAGGGGCUGCAUUCCGCUCGCCACCCCUGUCAGGAUUGUGUGGUCGGGAUUCUGGCGUCGGUAUUUCGACCGCCGUGAUCCCGUCCAGCGGGAUUUAGUACUGAUCCCGUAUUUUUGUAUUGCAAUACUGAAAUGAUCUUUAUUUAAAAUGGUUACCUAUCCAAUUUGAUAUUUUCUGACAUUCAGUACUGAACACUACAUCUUGUUAUUAGACCAUAGCAGGAAUGCUCAGUUACUAACAUUGUACAUAUUUUGGUCUUUGCUUAUUUAGACGUGUCCAAGAAAUUGGUAGCACUUUAAGAAGAAGGCAUCCGGUGACAUUGCAAUAGGCAAUUGUAACCUUUCUGCUGUCUCAGUAUCUUAACUUGUUAGGGUGAGUACACACCUGAAUGAUGGGCAAUCCAGUCAAUGGUUGGACCGAAUUCCCUUCAGCCCGGAUCAUGCCCGUACGCACCAGCCCGAUGUAAUGAAGGAUGGAAGGAUCACUGUUCUGUCCUUCAUUACAAAGAGCUGGGUCGCAUGCAAUAUCUUCCGGUUGGCCGUGCAGCACAGCCAACCGGAGGAUGUCGCCACCUACCCUUAGACCAGGCCAGCCAUACAAGUUAUUUAACUAGGCUUUACAUAAGCAACACCCUUGUUGUGGAUCUGUCCUAAACCACCACCCAAGUAAAUCUAAAAUAAAAUACUAUUUUUCAACAACUACAAAAAAAAACAACCUAAACAGUGUUAGUAGGUUAAUCAUAGUAUAAAUUCAUGACACCACUUAACAGUCAGGUAAAAAUACAGCAAUUAUUUACUUAGGUUUAGAUGCUUAAAAAAAACAACAGAAAAAUUAGUAUAUACAUAAAUUAGCAUCAAAUUUGUGCAUAUAAAAUCGAAUCUGUGCUCAUGUAGAUGGGUAUACCCCUUUACACAUGUUUACUGCAUGGAAGGAAAACCGUUUCCAAUAUUCUGUAGUGUAGGUCUGUCUGUCUACAUACAGGUGAGGCAGUGUCAGCUUAUAUUCCUGAGAACGCGGUCAGUCCAUUAGUGGCAUCACUGACACAAGAGACACAAAGUGCCUCUGUGAUGUCACAAUGUACAAAAUGCUUGCCUCCAUGGUGAGCAAAUAAUAGAUAUUCUGUAUUAGAAUCACUACAUUUUUGUUUACAAAUCACAUUAGCAAGUAGACAAUAGCAGUUACUUUAUUAGAUUCUGAAGUUUCCUGGAUGAAUACAUUUUUACGACCCUGUAAAUUUGGCUAAAUAGUUUAAAAUUUUGUACUAGUAAUCAUUCACAUAUUUUUUGUGUGUUCUUAUAAAUCUUUUAUUUUCCAGUCCACAGAAAUUAUUUUAUGAAAUGGUUUCCUUAUGUUUAUCUUAAUUCUUAUUUCAAUGUUUUUUCUAUGGAUUAGUUUUAUAUAGCAAGUCUUUUAUUUCCACUUUGCUCUUGCAAUUAUUCCUGCUCACUAUUCUGCAGCUGCCCACCUACCCUCCUCCCACCAUAUCUAUGGCAUCUGCCUCUUUAAUGAAUGUAUAAAGGGGUAAUGUGACAGGGGAUCGGAUAUUUCCUAUUGGAUCCCUGGUAAAAGAGCUAGGUAAUAUAUUUUUGCAUUUUUGUUUACUUCAUGCUCAAUUCAAAACCGUUUGCCACAAAGCAGAAUUGUUGUGGACUAUACACAAUUUCUAAUGCAAAACAUUGACUUACAGUAAGACAAAAAUGCAUGUAGAAGUGUUUCCUCUAGUGCUCGUAAAUUGUAUACUAUCACUUGUAAUUCCACAAAAAGUGAGAGGCUGUAAUCUUGCUUGUUUGGAAUCAUCAACGAUCUAUAUAUAGUAUGUUUACAGUUGUUGAGUCCUUUUGUUAGAAAUUUGAUAGUUUGAAACCGUUUUUAACUUAAAUUUUAUUUUGUAUGUCUUAGGAUGCAAUUCAAAAUGAGUGAGCUGGAGUUUUGUAAGAUACUUGGUGCAUUUAUUACAAUCAGACCUUUAAACGUUAAAGUAUUGAACUGCAACUUUUGUGUCUUUUUUAUAACUGCAGUUACAAAAAAGACAUUUUAUAAUUUUCUCCAAUCUUUCCUAUUUAGUAUCUUGAAUACAAUCAUGUUUGUCUUCCAUGGUUCGGUGAAAUGACCUGAACAUAGCCAGACUUUUAGUAUUUAUUAUACUGAAUAACUUUUAGAAAGCACCAGGAUUUUUUAUGCUUGAUUUGUAUUGAAAAUAGUGUUUUGUUUUUUUGUUUUUUGUUUUUCUUCUUUUGUAAUAAAUCCAAAGCAAGUUCCAAAAGUAUAAAUUAUAUUUUGUUAGUUUUUAUGAAAAAUAUGUGAGUCUCUUGAUCUACCUAAGAUGUGAAAACCCCUGCCUUUAUAAUUUGUUGGAAAACUUAGGAAAAAAUGCAAACUAUAUUUUGUACGGUUAUUAAAAAAAAAAAAAAAAGUUGAUUCAAAGCAAUAAAAGUCUACUGAAAUUUCUAUAA